AAUGAGUCAAGAAUCGACUCAUGGUCAGUACGUUCCGGAGCCGGAGCAUGUGAGCGUGCACACGGUGAACACCGAGGGUUCGAGUUUCACGCCUCCGGGUGACGGAGGGCAACAACAGAAUCAACCUGAGCCAGCGGGACAGCCACCAGCUGUACCACCGCCAGUUGUACCACCUCCAGUGAUGCCACCGUUGGCGUUACCGCCGGUGGCCUACGAGCAGAUGUUCCCGGCCAUGAUGGCCCAUUAUAUGCAGCACAUGGCGCAGCUUAUGCCCAUGUUCCAGCCACCACCACCACCACAGCCGCAGCCGCGCAUCGUUACCUUCAAGACGUUGAAGGAUAACGGAGCGGAAGAGUUUCGAGGAGACAAGAUGGGGGAGCCCCAGAUUGCAUUGGAUUGGCUUAAGCAGAUGGACCGGGUACUCAAGAAUUUGAGAGUCCCAGAUGCUGAUCGCUCGGAGUUGGCGUCACAGAUGUUCCGGAAGGGAGCAUAUGAUUGGUGGAAGCGCAUUGACCAGGAUCCACAUACGCCCAAGCCAUGGACCUGGGAUCGCUUUGAUCGAGCCUUCACGAAGGAGUACGUCCCCACCCGGUACCGCGAGGAGAGGCGCGAUGAGUUCGUUGCGCUUAAGCAAGAGGGGAUGUCACUGCCUGAACUGAGACAGAGGUUCGACUACCUGUCCUAGUAUGCGACGAGUCUGGUCUCCACUCCGGAGGAUCGUUUGAAUGAGUUCGUCAAGAAGCUAUGGCCGGACUUAAGGCCGUACGCCGCGCUGAUCACGACGACAGAUUUUAAUGCGGCGUAUGAUUUGAUUGUGAAGACGGAAAAGAGCUUGGACGAUCUGCAGGCAACCAAGAAGGAGGAUCGAGCGACGAAAGACCCGCGACCCGCGGCCAGCACCGGGCCGAGCGGGAAGAGUUUUGGAUUCGGGG